GAAUUUUGAUGAAAACCUGGGAGGAAAUAUGUGCGCCACGGUGCCAAGCAGGGAAAAUCCAGGCGGGGGAGAGCAGCUCUGAUCCUUCAGCUUUAGAAUCAGAAACACACUCCGACUCCGUGGCCCACCAUGCCUUGACCUCGGAGCCAUGCCCAAAUGCCUCAACUGGGGCCCCGACUCCGUGGCCUUGACCACCAACUGCUGCGGCGUCGCCUGCUGGCUGGGCGCCGCGCGCCUCGACGCGCUACGGCCCAGCAACCUGCCAACCGUCAGCGACGCAGCGAAGCGAGAGGACCAGGACGAGCGAAAGACGAAGACAUGGUUUCUGGUGCUCGCCUACGAUGGCACCGACUUCGCCGGAUGGCAGCGGCAGGCGGAGGGCGUGCGAACGCUGCAAGGAGAGCUUGAAAAGGCCCUGGCGUUGAUCUUCCGCUUCCCCGUGAAGACGCUGGGUGCCUCGCGGACCGAUGCCGGGGUCCACGCCCACGGCCAGGUGUGCCACUUUGAAUCCCCAGAGUACUGGGACUCCGAUGCCUCCGACGAUGUACUGCUGAAGCGGCUCCGUUUGACCCUGCCUGCAGCACUGCUCGCGCGACGGAUCGGCCGAGCGCCGGAAGGCUUUCAUGCCCGCUUGAGCUCAUGCAGGAAGACCUAUUCCUAUCGUCUCUCCACCAGCCUGGAGCUCUUCCCCUUCGAGGCCCGACGCUGCUGGGCCUGUGGCGCCUUGAACUUGGCGAAGCUCCAAGAAGGGCUGCGGACCUUGGACGGACGUCCACUGGACUGGACUGCCUUCAGCAUGGGCGACUAUGAGCCAGAGUACCAUGGGCCGGUGGUGAAGACGGUCCAGCUGCUCUUGAAGGUGGAAGCUCCUGACCGGCUGGUUCUUUAUGCCACCGGGCAAGCAUUCCGCGCAGUCUUGGAAUAUUUUCAGUUUCAGGACAGCAGGAAGCAAUGAGAUGUUCGGCAGACAUUCAGGCCAGGUCAGGACUUCUCCGAUCGGAAUUGUAGAAGGUCGCAUCUAUUGGUAUUGACAUCCAGCUCGGAUCUAUAGUUCGAACAUGUUCGAACCGGGUGGAGUGCGAAACCGGAGGAUGCGAACCGGAGUUGAAGGAUGGGUGAAACAGACCAAGGUGAGAAGGGGUAGGCAAGCC